UUUCCAUACGGAAGCAGCAAAGCCAGCUACAUACACACACGUGAGAGGAGACAGCACCAUGGACAGAGCAGAUCUACCUGAGAAAAACAUGGAUUUUGACGAGGAAUCCAAACAGAGGACUGGGAAAAAGAAAAAGGGCAAAGGAAAGAAAUCAACCAAAGUCAUAAAGUCUGAAGAAACAAUUGUGAAAAAGGAUGAGACAGAGCCAGCCUCCAUGGACGCAGCGCCUGAAAUGGCGUUCCCACCGACUUUCAGCGUGUCUGAAAUCAAAAACAAACAGCGGAGACACGUUAUGUUCAUGAAGUAUAAGCAAGAAAAGAGAAAGGUUAGAUUGGAGAUAAGGAAAAAGAGAAAGAAGGAGAGGGAAGCGCUUGGUGACAAGGCUCCACCAAAAGAGGUUCCAAAAACGAUUGAAAAUCAGAGAGUCUACGACGAAACCACCGUUGAUCCCGGGGAUGAAGAGGUUGCAUUUGACGAGGGAACAGACGAGUUCUCUGCUUACUUCAACCGUCUCACGAACCCCAAGGUUUUAAUCACAACAUCAGACAGACCCAAGACCAGAACUAUUAUGUUUUGUAAUCAGCUGGCGACAGUCAUACCGGACGCUCACGUGUACUACAGAAGAGGUCUGGCUCUAAAGAGGAUCAUCCCACAGUGUGUGUCCAGAGGGUUCACGUAUCUCAUGGUGAUCAACGAGGACAGAAAAGUGCCCAACGGCAUGGUUCUCUGUCAUCUUCCCGACGGGCCUACUGCUCACUUCAAGAUCAGCAACGUCAGACUACGCAAGGAAAUGAAAAGACGAGGGAAAGAGCCCACGGCACACUCCCCCGAGGUCAUCCUGAACAACUUCACCACGCGCCUCGGCCACAGCAUUGGCCGGCUGUUCGCCGCGCUCUAUCCCCAUGACCCGCACUUUGUCGGUCGCCAGGUGGCCACCUUUCACAACCAGCGUGAUUUCAUCUUCUUCAGGUUCCACCGGUACAUCUUUAAGAACGAGAAGAGGGUGGGUAUCCAAGAGCUGGGACCGCGCUUCACCCUGAAACUCCGCUCCCUUCAAAAGGGGAGCUUUGACUCCAAGUUUGGGGAAUAUGAAUGGGUUCACAAGCGUCAUGAGAUGGAUUCCUGUCGUAGAAAAUUCCACCUGUGAACAGAGUUCCUUCUGUGUAUACAGGAGCAUUUUUCAGUUUUUACCCCCCCCCCCCUUUCUGUCUGUCUGUCUCACUCACACACACACACACACGCACUCAUUCAUACA